AUGAUCCGGAUGCGUGGAGACCUUAGAGGGGUAAUUGAGCUUGAGUUCCGAAAUGGAAGCUAUAAAGGAAGGGAACAAGUUAUGAGUGGAGGAGGAGAAGGAGAAGGAAAAAGAGGCGAAGAGUUAAGGAAGCUCGAAAUCAUGAGGAAGAUGGGGAUUAGGGUGUCCGUGGGAAGAUCUAAGGCCCGAGGAGGACCGGAGUCCGGAGGAGAAAGAUGGAGAAGGAGAGGUGGCUCAAGUGGAUGUGGUUAUUUUCGGUAG